UAACUGAGAGGGGCAAGAAAUUGAAUAGUCAAGAGGAAAGUCAGUCAAGGUCCCAGGCCUGCCUUCUGAGAUUGGCGGGUAACCUAGCAACGCAGGGACAGCGAAGGUAACCGUGAGUAGAGAAACCUAGGACCUAUCUCAGAGCAGGUUGUCCCAGGCCCAGACGGUCAACCACCGUCUCCAUUUCCAAGGCCAAGAAGGCUCCUCCCAACAUGGCUUUACAUGUCCUCACGGCGGUGGCCCCGUUCUACCAGAGCCCCGCCACGGACAGGGUCAGGCUGAAGACAGAGCUCUCCAAAAAGCCAGCUGAUCCGCUGCAGCCCUCGGCCCCCUCCAAGACCAAGCUCACCACCAUCGAGACCAAGAGGAUCAUGUCCGUACUGGACGAGGCCAUCCACAAGGUGGAGCUGGUGACCUUACUGUCGCAUGUGGCAUCCAAUCUGGAGAAGCUGGCGGGCGAGCUGGGAGAGGACACCAUAAGGGCCCUGAGGGAGCACGCAGACCUCUGUCAGAUCUUCCUGGAGAACAUCGACUACCUGAAGGAGCAAGAGAAGCAGGUGCAGUCACAGGAGGAGGCCGAGGAGGAAGGGUGGCUCAGGGACCGCCUCUUCUCCAUAGAGCUGCAGAGAUCCAGCCUCGGGCCCCUCAUGCAGGAGAUCAGAGAUUCCACCAAGAACAUCCUGAGGCUCCUGCUCAAUAACCCCCAGGCCACCAGGGUCCUGCAGAAGCAGGCGCCAGACAGGACUCCCGAAGCCCAGCGUUUUAUCGCCAGCCUGAUGGAACUCCGGGGUUUCCUGUUUGAGAAGCUACUCACCAGUCCCAUGGAGGCCAGGGAUAAGGCCCAGUUCAUACAGGAAAUCACCAGACGAACCAUGAGGAACCAGGAUCUCAUCAAUACUCUUGAACACGAACUGGCAGCACGCGUGAAGAACAGGGACGCCGAGGUGGAGAAGGAGAACUUUGUGAUCCAGGAACUGAAAAACCACCUGCACCAGGUGCUCAGGUUCUCGGAGAACAACCUCAUCCGCACCAAGCAGGAGGCCGAGAAGCAGCAGAAGGCGGACUUCCGAGCCUCACAGGCCAGGGUGGCCAAGAUCCAGCAGGAGAUCCAGCUGCUGCGCUCCCAGUACCACAACCUGGUCAUGGAGAACCGCGAGGCCGAGCAGGCGCUGAGGAAGAAGAAAUACAAAGUGGAGACGGAAAUCGAGAACUGGAUCCAGAAAUACGACACCGAGAUGGGCGAAAAGCAGGAGGAGCUGGAGGAGCUGGAGCUCAUCCACCAGGAGGAGAAGGCGCAGCUGGAGGAGCUGAAGCAGCGCCACAGCGUGCUGCUGGAGGAGUUCGCCCAGAUCCGCACGGAGCGCGAGAUCACCUCCAAGAAGAAGAUGGAGGCCGAGCGCGAGAUGGUGCGCAUGGUCAGGGCCGCCACGCUCAUCCAGGCCGUGUGGAAGGGCUACCUGGUCCGCUCCAUGCUCAGGUCCAAGAAGAAGAAGCGGGGCAAGGGCAAAGCCAAGGAGCAGGAGAAGGGCAAGAAGGGCAAGGGCAAGGGCAAGAAGUGAGCGCCGUCGCCCGGGCUCCAGCACGCGCGGUGCCCCCGGCCACCAGGAGGGGGCGCUAAUUCCUUACACAGCCGGAGACCGGCUGCCCAGCGAUCCAGAUCCGGCCGGAGCCCGGCCAUUCACCACCCAAGCGUGCUUUUCAGUUAUAAAAAACCCCUUAACCACGUUCGAGAGAACAGCCUACUUCAAAUUAAACAAACCUCAGUGCACCCAGGGCUGCCGUCUC